GAUCCUCGACCGUCAUCAUCCUAAUUCUGUCAGUGCUUGUGGCGUCCUACGCAUACAGGGUAACAACGCAGGCAUGUCGAGCACGCACAGCCAGACGACCUACUCAUCCUUCUAUCGACGUCGGACGUUCGGCCGAGCUCCGUCGCCACCAACGUGGGCCUGCUACGAGCAGAUACCGUAUGGCUUAGACGACUACAGCGACAGCGGAUCCGAUAUCGAUUCAUGCUCGGAGGACGAUGAGGACUAUGGUCGGCCGAUGGCUGUUCCGCACGACAGUGACACUGAGAGUGACCACCAUCGCGCUGGAGGCGAUAGAGCGCCGGACAAUGGAGAGGAUCACGUCCAUAACAUGGACAUUGACGAAGCGAACGACGCCGCUGUGCGGGAGAAGGAAGAGGGUUGCAAGAAAGAUGUGAAAGGCAAACAGCGCGCUGUGGAUCCUCCUGUGAUGGAGAGUCCGAGGAAGCAACAGCAGCAGAGAAGGAAGCACCGGGAGCCGGUAUUCAGUCUGCGACCAAUUCUGACUAUACAGAAAAGCCAAGGCUUUGUAUGGAAUCAGGAUCUGUUCGUUCCUCCGUAUAUCAAAGAUAGAUACGUUGCAUCGACCUCGCCACCUAAUUCCUUCGGAUUUGUCUCUGCGUCUGCUUCCUCCACGAACUCAUACAUCAACGAGUACGAGGUGGAGGUGGUCGAGAUACGGGUGAAGGACGGGGAAUUACAUGACAUCAUCCCUUAAUAGGAACCUAUGAUCAUUAUGUCCGUCAUAUCCAAUAUCCAAUUUCACUACCACUGGUUUGGACUGUAGCUUUCAGACACGCUCUGUAGAAGGGCUGCCCAUCUAAUUCAUGUACUGAUGCUUGUUUCAAUAAUCCUUGCAUGUUGUGAUUAUAUCCAUAGUGUCGUUUCCUCAUGUUAUAU